GACAGGGUUCUGAUGCAAAGGCUCGAGGACUAAAGCUGAAAUUUGGCAGCUUUUGAUCCCCCUUGUUUCUCAACUAUAUGGUUUUCUUCCUUGAACAUUUUAUUAAGCAUUAUCGAAAAUGGACUCGCGCCCUCUUGUCAGCACGGGCAUCCCUACACCGGACCCGACUCCUGCCGCUGUGACCGGAGCCCUGGAGACACGCGCGCCCUGGAACAUCAGCGCUGUAAGUGUGCACCGACUGAUGGAGCUGCCGCCUGAAACCACCUCCGUUUCCAUGGUGACCAGACAUGUCUUCCCCACGGUGGAUGUUCCUGACCACGCUCACUACACCAUUGGUUCAGUCAUCCUGGCGGUGGGCAUCACAGGCAUGCUGGGAAACUUCCUGGUCAUGUAUGCCUUCUGCAGGAGCAAGAGUCUGCGUACUCCUGCCAACAUGUUCAUCAUCAACCUGGCAGUGACGGACUUCCUCAUGUGUGUGACCCAGACACCUAUCUUCUUUACCACCAGUAUGCACAAAAGAUGGAUCUUUGGGGAGAAAGGCUGUGAGUUGUAUGCGUUCUGCGGUGCCUUGUUUGGGAUCUGCAGUAUGAUCACGCUGAUGGUGAUUGCUGUGGACCGGUACGUGGUGAUCACCCGGCCGCUGGCCUCCAUGGGGGUCAUGUCUCGCCGCAGGGCUCUCAUCAUCCUGGCUGCUGCCUGGCUCUACUCCACCGGCUGGAGCCUGCCUCCCUUCUUUGGUUGGAGUGCGUAUGUUCCAGAGGGCUUGCUGACCUCCUGUUCUUGGGAUUACAUGACCUUCACCCCCCUGGUGCGCUCCUACACCAUGCUGCUGUUCACCUUCGUCUUCUUCAUCCCCCUCUUCAUCAUCAUCCUCUGCUACUGCUGCAUCUUCAGGGCCAUCCGACGCACCACCAAAGCGGUUGGGAAGAUUAAUGGGUUGAACAGUCGGGACUCGGUGAAGAGGAUCAACAAGAUGAACAGUGAGUGGAAGAUGGCUCGCAUCGCCCUCAUUGUCAUCCUGCUCUACGUCAUCUCCUGGGCUCCCUACUCCUGUGUGGCUCUCACUGCGUUCUCUGGGUACGCUGACAUGCUGACUCCGUACAUGAACUCUGUUCCUGCUGUGAUAGCCAAAGCCUCAGCUAUUCACAACCCCAUCAUCUACGCAAUCACACACCCUAAAUACAGGGCAGCCAUCAGUAGGUAUGUCCCCUACCUGGGGGUGUUGCUGUGUGUUCCUAGGAGGGACCGCUUCAGCAGCAGCAGCAGCUUCCAGUCCACCCGACAAUCAACCAUCACCAGCCAAUCGUCAGAGUACUACCGCCCCCCCAAGCCUCGCCUUUCCUCGCAGUCCGACAGUGAAACAGGUGUAACAGACACAGAGGCAGACCUUUCCGCUCGGACAGAAGUUCAUCAAAUGUCCAGUGAUGUCACCCAGGCCCGCCCCUCCAAGUCCCAGAACUUGAGGUUAAAAGGUCAUGAUUCCGGGGUCUUCCAGAGAGCUGCCUCCCAGGAGCCUUCCGACCCCUCUAUCUGUCACCUGCAGCAGAUCACUGCCAUAACAGAGUCGGGGGAUGUCUCAGAGACCAGCUUAACUGAUGACCUCCCAGCCACAUUUAUUUUGGAGUGA